CCCUGAAAAGUUUCAAGUAGUCCGCCAUCACAGUUACGAUGACGAGAUGGUAGUGUUUUUAGUACAAGGGGCGUUGUAAAGCGUACAACUAUUUAGUUCAAAAUUAAAAAUAAGUUGACUAAUUUAUCCAUUAUUUUUUGGUUUAUUUAAAUCUAUUUUGUAGUUUUGCAUGAACAAUGGAAGUUGCGGAGCAGGAUGAUGGUGACAUAUUGAUCCACAGAACACCGAAGAAAGUGAGAGUAUAUCCUCGUGCAUCCAAGCCCAAGCCAAAAAUAGAUGAUGUAACACCCAAAAACACUGAAGAAGUAGUGGUUGUUGAGACUACGUCAAAAUCACGGCCAUCAAGAACAACUCGUAAAACAACAGCCAAGGAUACAGCAGAAGAGAUUUCUGUAACGAGAAUAAAACUAGAAACAAUUGAAGAAGAAGGAACUUCAACUAAUAACAAUGCACCAUUAGUAAAGGAAAUAGAAAAUCCAGCAGGAGCCAAGCCUCUCUUUCAGUGUUGUGCUUGCUCAAGAAUCUUUAAAACUGACCGGGGAGCAAGAGCACAUGCUUCGAGCUGUCAAAUCUCUGUGAAGAAAGGGAAGUCCACUAAAGCUGCAUCUGAAGCGGACAAGAAUCUGUCAAAAGCUGCAGCUGUGUCAGCUGAUUCGAACGACGAUUACGAUACGUCCAUGUUUGACUCGGACGAAUACGAUUUCGACAAUAGUGACGAUGAUGAAGACUACACCGCCUCCGAUUAUGUCAAUGAUUCAGGUCUUAGAAAAGAUAUCCCUUCCGAAAAAGACAUUGCGGAUAUCAUAAAAGAAAUAAAGCAGUUCACACAGGUGGAAGUUGAAGCUGUAGAAGAAGGACUGUGUCAUUGCUGUGGAGAGGAUUUGGCUACAGCUCACACUACGGGUGAACACGAAUGCACGGAGUGCAAGAAGCAGUUCAAGUUCAAGUCGUCGCUGGAGCGGCACCGCCGCGUGGAGCACAACGAGGGCCAGACCUACGACUGCCCCGAGUGUGGCUCCAGGUGUCCCGACCGAGGCACGCUUGCCAGGCACAUGUACACGCACACAGGAUUGAAGCCGUUUACGUGUAGAUUUUGCCGCAAAACGUUCAGCAGGAAAUACCACCUGGUGCGUCAUAACAUGCAGACAGGCUGUGACGGCUCCGAACAACCCACAUUCCCUUGUCAGGUAUGUGGAAGAGUGUUCAAUCGCAAAGACAACCUUAGGGAACAUCUGCGAGCUCACGCUGGCCAGACCAAGCGCAAGAAGAGCUACACGUGCGAGCUCUGUGACAAGGAGUUCUUCGGCACCACAUUGCUUCACAUUCAUAAGAGAACUCACACUGGAUGGGAGAGACCUUACGAGUGUGAUCUUUGUGAAAAGAGAUUUCCUUCGAGUGGAGCAAUGAAAAAGCACAGACGUAAGCAUACUGGAGAAAGGCCUUAUGAGUGCAAUGAGUGCAAUGCGAAAUUUUCGGCGAAGGAGACGCUCAACAGGCACUUGAGAACGCACAACGGGAUGAAGCCGCAUUCUUGCCAGUUCUGUGGAAAGAGAUUCAUACAGGCCACCCAGUUGAGGGCUCAUAUUUUCCAUCAUUCAGGUGAGCAUGGAUUCAAGUGUCCACACUGCAACAAGUCGUUCAACAGACGCACCAGACUCUCGUUGCACAUCAAGUACGUUCACGAAGGAGCGAAGCCGUUCAAUUGCAACCAGUGCGAUAAAACGUUUGUAAGGAAAGAAGAUCUAGCCAGACAUCAGAUACUGCAUACAGGAGUCAAAGCUCACAAAUGUCCAAUCUGUGAAAAGUCGUUUGCAAUGAAGUCAUCACUGAAGAUUCAUCUACUAACACAUACUAAGGAACCACCGCGCUCGUGCGACGAAUGCGGCCGUGCGUUCAUCCGCCAGGACUGCCUGCUUCGGCACAUGCGCACCAAGCACCGCGAGAUGCUCGAGGAGAUAAUGGUCGAGGCCGAGAAGAAGAAGCUGCAGCAACAGCUGAUCUCGUCGACCGACGUCGAUCUGGACGACGUCGACGACCCCGACGAGCCGCCGAGCAUCCUGUCCGAGGAGACACUGGCGCAGUCGAUCACCGAACUGCUCUCGCUGCUAGUCGACGAAAUGACACUGAAGGCGUUCGGUUGGCCCGCUGCGUCGGUCGACCACGUGCUCGAGUCGGUCAUCAAACGGUGUGGUCACGAACCGGCCGGCUACAGCGGCAUGCCGCACUGCGACAAGCUCAGGGAGAACGCCAAGCUGCUCUUCACCGUCGUCAUUGAUGACAGUGUCGUCAAGACUCUGCUCAACAACCAGACUGUCGAUGAGGUCAUACUGCAUGUGUUGCGGUUGGCCAAGUCCUAACACUAACAUUAACGAAUAUUGUAGUAAAAGUAGUUGUUCUACUUGUGUGUAAAGCUGCGUACAGAUUUGAGAGCCACGAACACGGCCAUUGGCCCAUAUGAA